AAAGUGGUGGGAGAAUCAUCCGGAUUUUGUAAACAUGUGUGACACAUGCUCGUAUAAAUAUUUUGGUAUGAAUAAAAUCAAAAUAAUUACUCCACGAUUAGCUGUUCUUUGCUAGAGAACAAAAUUGUAGGAUGGGAUCCAUCACUGGCUCCAGAGAACGAGCCCUCUUCUGCCAAACGCUUGCCCCCAUGAUCCUCGGCCUUCAGGGGAGAGAGGUCAUCGUCGAGUUGAAAAAUGAAACAAUUCUGUACGGAACUUUGAUCGAGGUGGAUUGUUUUAUGAAUCUCACCCUGAAAAACGUACGAAUGGUGAAAAGUUGUGGCGUCGAGACGUUCCAGUUCGAAUUCUUCUUUCUCAACGGGAUAAAAUCGUUGCGAUACGUUCGCAUUCCGGAAGAUGUCGACAUGAUCCAAACGCUCCGAAACCAGUUGGAUAUCCUGAGCGGAAAGAAAGCCCGUGCCGAGAGGAAGAAGAAGAAGGGAACGAGGGCAAAUUGGUUGAGGAAUAAGGAGGCGAAAAAUAUGGCGACAACGACGACAUGAAAACAUAAUUUAAGAUUUUUGCUAAAUAAGUUAAGUAUUUAUUGUGUACAGAUAUUUAAUUUUCCA